CGCUGUUGAAUCAACAACAGAAAUUCGUGAAUUAAACCCGCUACUGUAUACCUCUGUAGGAUAAAAUUAAAGGAUAUAUAUAAAGAAGAGUAAGAGUGAAAAGAAAGAAGUGAUAAAAUAUUUACACAUACGCUCUGUCGUACAUCAAUCGAGAAUGAAAAAUUAUUGGAUGUGAUAUAAAGAAUACGUAAACAUAGAAGUAGGAUGGUGGAUGGAAUUUAAUUUAUCGUUUUGAAGUGUGAAAAAAAGUUAAAAUUUCGGAAGUUUAAGUAAAUUUAAAUAAAGUUGUUCUCCUUUCAAAAGAGAAAGUUUAAAGCCACAGACAUGGCUGAUCGUGAUACAAAUGAAAGUUGGACAAAUCGAACGGAUUUGUCGACAUUAGAUAGAAUUGAUUCCAGUGAAUUUGUUACAAUAUCCCCACUACAUUACCUAUUUGAGAAUGUGACAAUCACAAGUGGUAAUAUGUCAAGUCAAAAUCAUAUUCAACAACAGCAACAGCCAUGGAUAACAAUGGCAUCGCGUGUGAUUCCACUAUAUUCAUUAAUUUUUUUAUUGGCUGUGAUCGGAAAUUCCCUUGUCAUAAUGACUCUUGUACAGAAUAAGCGCAUGAGAACUGUAACAAAUGUAUUCUUAUUAAAUCUUGCCAUCUCAGACUUACUUUUGGGAAUAUUUUGUAUGCCAAUUACGCUGCUAGGAAUGUUAUUGAGAGAUUUUAUUUUUGGAGAAAUUAUGUGCAAACUCUUACCAUAUCUACAAGCAACAUCGGUUAGUGUUUCAGCAUGGACUCUAGUUGCGAUAAGCGUUGAAAGGUACUAUGCCAUUUGUCAUCCAUUAAGAUCGAGGCGAUGGCAAACGCUGAAACAUGCUUAUAAAUUAAUCAUACUUGUUUGGCUAUCAAGUUUGGUGUUUAUGUCGCCAAUUGCAGCUCUCAGCAAACUAAUUCCGACAAGUCAAGGUCACAGAAAAUGUCGCGAACUUUGGCCCGACGAGUCAAUUGAGUUUGAGAAAAUUUUCAAUCUCUUUCUCGAUAUGUUUUUACUGGUGCUACCAUUAUUUGUGUUAUUUGCAACAUAUUUUAUGAUAACAAGAACUUUAUGGCAGGGUAUAAGAACGGAAAGGGACGUGAAAAAUCAAUUAAGCAAUUAUACGAAAUGUUUAUCCAAAAAUUCCGUAGAGGUCUAUAUACGUAACGGUGGUACAAAGAGUCGAUGCUCUCAAUAUUGUGGUACGCGUAAAGGUUCCGAAGGGAAUUUAUCAUUGCAUCAAGUACAAAAUGGAUCACAAGAUGUUACACCAUCAAUACAGAAAAAUGAUUCGAGCCGAAUUAAUGGACCGAAUUUGCGAAGAUCAAAUGCCGAGAAAAGUCUUCUGAACAAGAAACGUGUCAUCAAGAUGCUGUUUGUUGUUGUACUUGAAUUCUUUCUGUGCUGGACACCAUUAUAUGUGAUAAAUACGAUUGCUCUCUUCGAUCCAAUAAUCAUUUAUCAAAAUCUAGGAUAUACGGCAAUCAGUUUCUUCCAGUUACUGGCAUAUUCAUCAUCAUGUUGCAACCCAAUCACGUAUUGUUUUAUGUCAACGGGCUUCAGAAAAGCAUUCGUAAAUUUAUUCCGGUGCUUACGACAAAAUCAUCAUCAACAGAGACGACGUGUUAGUUUGAGUUGUUGUGGAGCAAACACACUACCGAAUACAGCCAUGUUAAAUCCGAUACAAAACGGAAAUGAGACAAACAUACACAACAGCGGCUUGCUAAACUCAGGAAGUGAGACAUUCGAUUUAUCACGACAUGAUUCAUAUCGUAUACAUAAGCGAAAUGAUGACAAUGAUGAAAGUUUUAUGAAGGAAUCAUUAAAGAAAUGAGUGGAAAUAUGGAAAAAAUGUAAAAAUGGUACAAAUGAAAAAUUAUCCAAGCGCAUUUUUAUUAUUUUGAAGAGUCAGCAUAGAUCAAUAUUUUACUAAACUCAUAAUAUUGCUUUCAUUUUCCAUUUGCUGUACUUUUAAGAAUUUUCAGAAUAAACACUCAUGUGAUAUGGAAACUCCUGACUUGCUGGUCGUUUCUAUAACUCAACUUUCAUACUGCAAAGGUUACAACUUUCAUUAAAUCCAGACGAAUGAAUCAAUUCGUUUAAACUCAAUGAAAAUUGAGAAUAUUCUGUCAAAUUAAUAAAAAUGCGCUAAACCACAUUGUUCUGGGGUUUUUAAAAAUUCUUGUGAAAUGCAUCGAAACUUAUUUUUCUUAUUUUAAGCUAGAUAAAUGUUCAAAAACAGAUAAAUAAAUUUUAUUAAAAAACUGAGAAUUUUAAAAAAUCCCGGAAUCUUUAUAAAUAAUU